AUCGCUCGGCGGGUGGAGUGCAGCAAUUCGCCGUCCUAAAGGUCGUCACACGCGCUAUUCCGUCAGUGCUUACAUUUUAUUUUUUGUCCAGGUUACUGUGAUAUCGUUGACUUAACGUUUUUAUGUGGUUUUCAGGAUGGUACUGGUCUUCAAUGGCGUUCUACAAGAAGACUGCCCGCCAGACAGCAGAGCGUUGUAUUUGAAUCACCCCGUCUACAGGGAGACAGCUGCUCAACUGUUAUCAGUACCGAAUAAAGUAAUCGGCCCUGUCGGAUUGCUCUAUGUUUUACAGAGAGAGUUAGCGGCUACAGUGCCACACGACAAAAAUGUCAGCAUUCUUGGCUCAGAUGAUGUGACAACCUGCCUUAUAGUAGUGGUGAGACAUUCAGGAUCAGGUGCCACAUCAUUGGCCCAUUUGGACGGCUCUGGAACCGACGAAGCGGUGUGCACCAUGAUCCAGAAAGUGCAGGAGUUGGCUUUAGGAUAUCCCGAAGGACGGAUAGAACUUCAGUUGGUCGGAGGUUUCACCGAUCCUCACAGCUACUCCGAGGACCUCUUUUUUAAUAUAAUGAACUCGUUUCACAAGCACCCGGUGGAAGUCGAUCUGACUUUGGCUUGCGUCGGCGAAUUGAACACCACCAUUCGUGGAGGCAUCCAUUGGCCCAUAAUUUACGGUGUUGGUAUUAAUACGAAGACGGGGGAAAUUUUUCCAGCUACUUUUCCCGAUAAAGGUCCGGAACAAGCUCUGCGAUGCGCUCGUCAUCUUACAGGAAUACCCCAAGUUUUGGACAUAUAUGACUGCGGGUUGGGGCUCCUGCGAAUAAUUCCUUUCAAUUACGAACCGUUAAGAGGGGUUGAUCUAUGGCUCGAGCAGACUGAUGAACUUAUCCUGCAACAACUCUCCACGUGCCCAGAGGUACAACCCCCACAUUUCGUAAUGCAGAUAAGAGCGGCUUUAAAAUAUAUUCAAGAAAAUCAGUUUCCGGCGAUUACAGUGUUCAGGGACAACAGGCCACACUAUUUCAGGAGAGACGAACAUUCGGGGACAUGGAUUCCCGUGACCCCGGUGCGAUAUUAGUAUAAUUUGUAAAGUGAUUUCUUUGUUGUAUUUGGAAUAAAUUUACAAUUCUGUUUUGUA